AUGCUGUGGUAUCAGAUCCGUGAGUCUCAGGAUGCAGAUUAUUCUGCUGUGAGGACGAUAUACUUCACUGGGGUCAGAUAGCAUGUUUGAACGGUUCUUCUGGCAUUGAAGCAACCAUGGAUUCCAGCUAUGCUGUGGAUUCUGUUUUCCACUAAUAUCCUCUCCGGCUUGAUCCUGACCUGCAUGUUGUGUGUUGGAGGGGUUAUGCCAGCUACUCGGCUGGCAGUGCAAUAUAUUUUUGAGCAUCAGCCUGGGCUCAGAGAGGAUCUGUUGGACAUCGGGAACUCCUUCAUGCAGCCUGGAAGCAGGAGCUGCUUUUGGGUUGCAGAACUGAAAGGGUCUAUUGUCGGGCCGGUGGGCAUUUUGCCCUGUGUGGAGGAGCCAGGUGCUUGGGAACUAAAAAGGAUCUCUGUGAAAAAGUAGUUUCGGGGUCAUGGCCUUGUGAAAGCUCUUUGUAAAACUGCUUUGGAAUUUGUUGCCAGACAUAAUGUGAAGAGAGGAGAUGCUCAUAAGCUGUAUGACAGCAUUGGGUUUGAAAAGGAGAAGGAGUUAGUUUGGCCAUCACUCCUGGCCAGGCUGAUCAAUUUCAUGGUGUUUAAAUGUGUACACAGAAAUGGUGGUGUCAUGUCAUGCUAG